UGUUGUGUCCCAUUGAGGAUGAGCGAGGGGGGACAGAGAGGGUGAGGGAGUGUUGUGUGAAAGGAGUGCAGGCCGACGAGGGAGACAAAAGAGGCUGCGGCUGCAUUCAAUGUGCUGCUGUUGUGUUGUGUGUCCGUCUGCGAACCGCUCCUCCUCCUCUUCGCCAAGAAAGAAAGAAAAGGCGAGGAAGAGAGAGAGGGAGAGAGAGGCGCCACCUGAUAUCGCGCUAGCUGCCGGACCUAUCCUCAAGUUUGGGAGACUUUAGUGGAGAGGGACAAGGUGGAAGGCUUCCAAGCGGGACCGGUUCCUUGCUCUUCCUGCCCCGGCCCUCACGCGUCGAGAGCGGGGCGGCGGUGUUUCGGGAGAGCCGCGGUAGGCAGAACAAAGGAAAAGCGAGGAAUGAGCGAGCCGUAAGAACAGCUUCCGAGCCAAAUGUCCCACUGAGAAAAUAUAUCAUUAGAAGAAAUACCCUCCUCGUAUUCCUCGACGCAGCUUUUUCGACUCGCCGCGGGACAAGAAGGACAAUAAUCGCACGGAGACGCACGUUUGACGGUCAGAAUGUUCCCUCAAAACCGAGCACCGGCACCUCUCCAGCCACCCCCGGGGUCUUCGGCUUCCGUGGUGGCAGCCGCCGCGGCCGCCGCCGCCGCAUCGGGGACCCCCCAGUCGCUGAAGCUGACGUACCCAGAGACUCUGGACCGCAUCAAGGAGGAGUUCCAGUUCCUGCAGACUCAGUACCACAGUUUGAAGCUGGAAUGUGAGAAACUGGCCACCGAGAAGACUGAGAUCCAGAGACACUAUGUUAUGUAUUACGAGAUGUCCUACGGUUUGAACAUCGAAAUGCACAAACAGACGGAGAUUGCCAAACGCCUGAAUGUGAUCUGUGCUCAACUCAUCCCAUUCCUGUCACAGGAGCACCAGCAACAGGUGGUCCAAGCUAUGGAGCGCGCCAAACAGGUGACCAUGGGGGAGUUAAAUGCUUCCAUAGGGGUACGUGGGCUCCCCCCUCUGCCUCAUAGCCAGCAGCUUCAGGCGCAGCACCUCUCGCAGCAUACGCAGGGUCUGCCGGUGGGCCCGCACCCGUCAGGACUGCCCCAUCCCGGCUUGGCCCUGGGCGGGGGCUCCGGGCUGCUGGCCUUGUCGGGGGCUCUGGGGGCUCAGCUGGCCGCCAAGGACGAAAGGGCUCACCUCGAGGCCGCCGCUGCCGCCGCCGCCGCUGCCGAGCAUCACAGAGACCGCGAAGCAGGACCAAGCUCCCUCUCCAAUGGGGACAAAGGUCGCCCCGCAGCAGACUACCUCAGCAACGGCAAGAAGAGGAAAGCUGACGAGAAGGAGUUCAUGACGGACUAUGGCAGCGAUGCGGAUAAAAGCGAUGAUAACUUGGUGGUUGACGAGGACCCGUCAUCACCCCGCAGUGUUCAGUCCUACUCGUCCAGGGAGAACGGCCUGGACAAGAUGCCGCCCUCUCGCAAGGAAGUUCCCCCGCAGGCCAGCCCCACCUCGCUGGCGUCCUCCAGUAGCGCCGCGUCACCGUCUCGUGGCAAGGAGCCCACGCAGAGAGAGAAGUCCAGCACUCCAGGUAUGAAGCCAGGCACUCCCAUGUCGCAAGAAUCAAAUACCCCUGGACCGAGUGGACCGCCACAAUUCAGACCCAUUCCUGGCAAGCCUGGUGUUGACCCACUAGCUCUGGGUCUGAGGAACCCCUUGGUCGUGCAGGGACCGUACCCCCCGGGGGCUUUCGGCCUGCCCCCUCCCGGGGUCAACGGCGACUUGCCCGCGGCGGCGGCGGCCUAUGGCGCCGGCCUCCACCUGGUCUCCCCGCAGAUGAACGGAGCGGCGGCGGCGGCUGUCGCGGCGGCGGCGGCGGCAGCGGCGGGCUAUGGACGCUCCCCAGUGGUGGGCUACGAGUCUCCACACCCACACAUGAGAGUGCCCGGCUUGCCUGCCAGCCUGCAGUCAGCCGCCUCUGGGAAACCGGCUUACUCGUUCCACGUGAGCGCGGACGGGCAGAUGCAGCCGGUGCCCUUCCCCCCGGACGCCCUGCUGGGGCCGGGCAUCCCUCGCCACGCGCGGCAGAUCCACAGCCUGAGCCACGGCGAGGUGGUGUGCGCCGUCACCAUCAGCACGUCCACGCGCCACGUCUACACGGGGGGCAAAGGCUGCGUCAAGGUCUGGGACAUCAGCCAGCCGGGCAGCAAGAGUCCCAUGGCGCAGCUCGACUGCCUGAACCGCGAUAACUACAUCCGCUCGUGCAAACUUCUGUCGGACGGGCGCACGCUGAUCGUGGGCGGCGAGGCCAGCACGCUGUCCAUCUGGGACCUGGCCACGCCCACCCCUCGCAUCAAAGCCGAGCUGACGUCCUCGGCGCCCGCCUGCUACGCGCUGGCCAUCUCGCCCGACAACAAGGUGUGCUUCUCCUGCUGCAGCGACGGCAACAUCGUCGUCUGGGACCUGCACAACCAGACGCUCGUCAGACAGUUCCAGGGCCACACGGACGGAGCGAGCUGCAUCGACAUUUCCAACGACGGCACCAAGCUGUGGACGGGGGGGCUGGACAACACCGUGCGCUGCUGGGACCUGAGGGAAGGGCGGCAGCUGCAGCAGCACGACUUCACCUCGCAGAUCUUCUCGCUGGGUUACUGUCCGACGGGCGAGUGGCUGGCGGUGGGGAUGGAGAGCAGCAACGUGGAAGUGCUCCACGUGUCCAAGCCCGACAAGUACCAGCUGCACCUUCACGAGAGCUGCGUGCUCUCGCUCAAGUUUGCCUACUGCGGUAAAUGGUUUGUGAGCACCGGCAAAGACAACCUGCUGAACGCGUGGCGGACACCUUACGGCUCCAGCAUAUUCCAGUCCAAGGAGUCAUCGUCUGUGCUGAGCUGCGACAUCUCCCCUGACGACCAGUUCAUUGUGACAGGCUCAGGGGACAAGAAGGCCACAGUGUACGAAGUCAUCUACUGAACCAGGUCAUCAACACGCCUGUGGAAAACAGACACUCGACUACUUUUUUUGUUUGUUUGUUUUGGUUGGCAAAAAAUGACCAGAAAAGACUUCAAACUGUUUUUUAACGCUGCGAGAAAGUCGAUUAGUGGACAGCUGAGCAAGUAUGGGAUUCCUCCAAAGAUCUUUCCUUUUUUUUUUCUCAACAAAAUCAAACCUCUGUAGUGGACAAGACAUUCGCAACAUAACAUU